AUGCCUAAUGUGGUGGCCUCUAUCGAAUAUCUACAGAACCUCCCUCUUUAUAAGGAAGAGAAGCCUUACUGGUGCAUGCUCACUCCUCGCGAAGGAUUUGAUCCGGAUGAGGAGCGCCUUGACAACCUGGAGUUCGAAAUCCACGAUGGUCUGACAAUUACUGAUAUUCGAAACUCCCAAGCGAAUGCGCUCAUCAUCGACAAUUGUGGCUUCCAAGUCCUGUCUCACACUUCAAAGGUGAUGUCUUUUAACACGAAAGAUGAUGUUGACAAAUACAAGGCGGAGACCAUGGAGAUGUUGACCCAAGAGUUAGAUGCGGUUUUUGUGAAAACCUACGAACUCCGUUUGAGGAAAAACACGCCUAUAGAUCGGCCUGUCAUGAAUAUUGUUGACCCUUUACUCUUCGAAGGUCCUGCGCGAGGCGCUCACAAUGAUGUCACAUACGAUUCUGGACCAGUGAUCAUCAAUCGAUAUCUCACAGGUGAAGAGAAGGUUGAUUAUUUGAAGCCUGGUUACAGAUUUCGAAUUGUCAACACAUGGAGAAGUUUGGUUCCGGAUCUCGAGGAUAGACCUCUGGCACUCUGCGAUGCACGCACUGUCACUGCCGAAGACUUCGUGGCCGCCGACCGCAUCAUCCCGGACCGCGUGGGUGAAGUCUACUACUUGUUACACAACAGCAACCACCGAUGGUAUUAUCUUUCCAAGCAAUCGCCUGAUGAGCCGUUCCUUUUCAUUAUGUAUGACACUGCACCUGGCGAAAAUGCACGCUUCUGCCCUCAUGUCUCUUUCCAGAAUCCUGUAGCCUCACCGAAGGCGUUAUUCCGGCAGAGUGUCGAGACCCGCUCUAUUGUUGUCACCAGGCUGUGA